GUUCUCCGUUAGGUCAUCAGAAACUUCACAUGUCCUACGCACUCGCUAGAAAAUACAGGAGAAAAAAAUCUAAAAAAGUUAUAAAACCCAUAUCACCUUUUUAUUAAAGCUUUUACUGAAAAUGUAUUUUUGCUUUUUCAUCCUGCUGAGUAUCUCAUUACAAGCGUGUCUAGGCGCAGCACGACGCAAUGCUGCCAACGUGGUGCCCUUUCCAUCCGCCUCACCACCACCAAGCCUAUCAAAUUUUGCUAACCAAUCCCUUUCAUCUGAACUACAAAUUCGUUUACCAUUUAUGGACAUAAAUAUAAAAACUAACAAAAAGUUUCUUAUAAUGCAAGAAUUUAAAACACAGCAAAUUUUUGCAUUGCACGGUAGGGAGUUGCAUAAAUUGAUUUUAAGCAGGCAGGAGAGGGGUUUGCCUUUAAUUGGCAUUCUGGCAGACAGUAUCAGGCAACAGGAACCAAUACAAGUUGAGGUGUUGCUUUGGCGGAGUAACUUGUUGGUGGUCACGGCUUUGGAAGAGUAUUUGGAGAUCUAUCAAUUACCUACUGCUUUAUUAGAGCAAAAUGCUGAAGCGUCGAAAUCGGGUCGAGUGAACGUCAAUACAAUAACGCAUUUCCAACCAAUACAACAACUAACGUUGAAUGGUAGAUUUCGUAAACUGUUCCUGUUCAAUGUAGCAGAGGAACGAGUUAUGCUUUUAACGAUGGUGAAUUACACAAAGUUGCAUUCGAAAUUACGUACGUUUGAGUGGUCGAACACAUUUUUUUCCAUGGUUGAAGAUCUUACAAUACCGGCUCUACACUCGUUGAAUGUUAUUGGCAAUACACAAAAAUAUUUGCUUAGUGGACGUCUCAUACGGCAUCAGGACAAGACUAUUAUCGUUGUCCAGGAAAUAGAUCAUGCUGAUUUGCAUCUUCGCACUCGUCAAACUCUCACCAUCCCCUCGCACACAGUAAACGCUUUCACGUUUCGCGGACGCAAUUAUCUGUUUGGUUGUGCCGUGCGGCAGGAGAAGUGCAACAUAUUUCGCAUGAAGCAUGAUGAGCCGCAAUUCUCCGCAUAUCGACAAUUCAGCAACAAAGAGCUGGCAUUCGAUUAUUUCGCAGCGGGUGCGCAUUUUUUGGUUGGCGUGCAUCAAAGAGCGGUGAAAAUUUAUCCGACUUCGCGUUUGGACUGCUAUGCCAGCUUCACAGCAAACGAAACUGACGUCAGUGAGAUAAUACCGCAUGUGAGCCAACAGGAUGAGUCAUUUGUGUUACUCAAUUAUCGGCGACCUUUUCACACGUUGAUACGUAUCGUCGAAGUUGAAGUGGCGGAUGAGCAACGAUUGGGAAUGCCAUCGGCGCUAAAUGAUAGCGGCGUGGAAGAUUUAAGUCUAUCACAACAACAUCGCCAUCUAUUCGAAGAAAUUGUGCAACGGCUGCGAAGUUUGCUGCUGCAACGUAAAUCUGCUAUGGAUGUAUUUCGCAAAGCUGCUGCCAUCUUGCGUCCUAAGCUGCAGGUACUGAAUGCAUCGAAUGCUGUACGUUUGCAUACGGGUAAUAUCGGAAUUGUAAGGAUUUUGGGGGAGACACUACAGAGUCCGGUACAACUGCUGAAACGUGUAUUGACGUUGGGUGAGACUCACCAGAUAAAUCGUUUUCCAAGAGCAAUACUUGAAAAGAGUGGUUCUGUAUUGGAAAUGCCAAAAGUGGCAAAGGUUCGACGACUGCACGUCGACAGUCUUUUGUACAAUGGUUCACUACUACCUGGUUUUCAUUUGAUCAACACGUCAUCUACCCACCUGCCCAUGCUAUCGAUACGCCCUGCUGUGCGUACCAAAGUGUUAAGGACAUCGCACCUACUAAUCCGUCAUUCUUUUCGUCAACCACGGCACGACACCAAAGAAUCUAACAAAACGUUAAUUAAGAUCCGUGAUCUGAAAGUGGAGCUUAUUAACAAUGUUUCCGUAUCGGAGUUUAUAAAUUCAAUAUAUUUACGUAGUCGUGAUCGUAAGUUAAAAGGUCGUCUGAUACUGAAAGGCGAAACCAAGGUUCAUGCACUUUGGACACCAUUACUCAAUGAAAUAAGUGUUGGGAAACUUUUCAACUUGAAAGUACCACAAAUUGUGAGCUCAAACUUGCUUAUAAACUCUAUAACUGUAAAGGAAAUGCAGGCGGAAUUGGUGAAUGGUUUGAAUUUAGAGGAGAACGUAGCGUUUAGUGGCAGAGAAGAUCUAAUUGAAGCUCCUGUCGAAAUUAAAUAUAUGAGCGUUGCGGAUGACUUGGUAGUGGGCUACAAACCAAAGGUGGAGCGUAACGUAGAUUGGAUGGACGUAGAUUCGAAAUUUCAGCAGUUCUACACCGGUAAAGUUACCAUCAACGGUUCUUUGACGGUAGAUAAUUUAAUACGUGAUAAUACCAACGCAACUGUUUUUGUGAAUGGUUUGCUCUUCUCAGAGUCUACGCUGAGGGAAAUAUACUUGUUGCAGAACACAGAACAGGCUAUUCAUACAACCGUGAAAUUCGGAAACGCGAAAGUCACUUCGCCUCAACUCAGCUCCAAUUACUUAAAUGGCCAUCCUACCACAGAGCACAUGCUUACCACUGGCCUUCCACCGCUCGAAAUGCCACUAUUGCUCAUAUUCCAGCAGGCUAAGGUGGAUGGUGAUAUUAUAUGUGAAACAUAUGAGACGAGAUUACUAGAAUUAUCGACAGAUGCAGUGCGUCAUGGCGAAUCAGCUAAUAUAACCGGUUCAAAAUUCUUCCAAGCGCCACUUGUUGUAGAUCAUCUAACCACCAAAAAGCUAAAUGACUUACCCGUAAAUGAAUUGGUGUUGAAGUCACAGCUGCGGGAAGAAUUUCGUUUUUAUGGCAACAAAUCCUUCGAUAAAUUGGUGGUUAACAGAAAUACCUAUGUAGAACAUUGUCUCAAUGGUACUUAUUUCAACAAGACACCAUCCCAACGCGAUUAUUAUUUUAAACAUCUAGAGAUGCCAUACCAGCUAGAAGCUAGCAACAUUGUGUUACAUAAAAUCAAUGGCAUCUCCCUCGAUCAGAUCUUUGACAAUUUGUCCGUGGAGGAUGAGCAGCUUGUGCUGCACAAGAAUUUGCUGGUAAAAGGGAAUGCGCAGUUUGUUAAGCAUCUACAGGUGGUUAAAAUAAAUGAUGUAUGGUGGACGGAUUAUGUGGGCAAUUUGGUGCGCUUUAAUGAGAAUGCCAUAGUAAAUGGUACUACGCGCUUCUUGCAGGGUCUAACGGUCAAGAAUGCAAUACAAACGCCUUUGAUAAAUACCGAUAACAUGGGCGAAAUCUUCAGCAAUGUGCUCUUAAAGUCCAAAUCUCAGCGUAUAACUGGCAAAUACCUCUUUGGCAGUCUACGCUUAACAAAUUUGGAUGUCAGCGUUAUUAAUGACAUACCCACGGACACAUUUAUAGACACACGCACCAAAGAACUUGACUUGCAUGGUGACCUCGUUGUGCCGAAGUUGACGGUACACGGCGAUUUAAGCGGUAAUUUUGUGAGCCCAUUUCCAUUUACCGCGCUUAACAAACAGCUGCAGCAACUCACGCAGAGACGUUGGCGCAAUUUGGUCGUGCUCGGCAACGCCUAUUGGAAGGAGUGCUUGGCUAGCAAGACGGCGAAACAAUACGAACUACUGAAAUAUCUAUACAGACAUGCUGUGCGACGCAGCGGAGAUCAAGUAAUUUCGGGUACUGUCUAUAUGACGCAGCCGUUAAUUGGUAGAAUGCGCACGAGCAGCAUAUUUCCCAGCGGGGUGGAUCUCAACUAUAUAGCGCGUGAUUGCCUAUUGAAAAACACUACGGCACCACAAACGAUAAUCGGUAGCAAAUUAUUUCACAAAUCAAUUCAUUUACAACGCGCUCUGGUUGCGGGUCCACUAAGAAUUACCACCUUAAAUGCUAUUGAUGUGCAACGCUUCCAUGCGUCUUUGUACCGGCUCUCCAGUGGCAUGCCGAUUGGAGGACCAUUGUACUUCAAGAUCCCACCUAUCGUCGGACAACUGGUUGUGUACGGUCUGGUUAAUGGCAUGCCCACCGCGCAGAUUUAUACCACCUCAAAUUCUUUACUGCCGCCGGUAAAGAUGCAUAGUUUGGUGAUCGAUAACGAUCUACUGCUCGCGCAUAUUAACGGUAAGAGCUUUGAUUGUUUGCUAAAUAAUCGCAUAAAGCUUGACGGCGAGCCGCAGGAAGUCGAUGGAUUUUUGACAUUUGAAAAUCUUGUGUUAAACAACGAGACUCUACUGCAGUCGAUCAAUGGCAUACCGGUCGAUAAUUUAGUAUACAAAAAAAGUGAUCAUGUGCAAGUUAUUAGUGGUUCAAAAGUGAUUGAUGGUAGUCUUCUAUUCAAUGGACCGUCACAUGUUGCAACGUUAAAUGGACAGAAUUUAGCGGAACUAUACAAGGAAACUAUUUUUACCAUAGGCAAUUAUCAUUUCGAACAACUCAACAUAGAUCAAGGCACAUUUGUGAAGGGCUUAGUGCUUGUUGGUAAAAUGCCAAUGAGCGCUGGGGAACGCAAAAUGUCUGCUUUUAAAGUUCACGCACAAGUCAAAAACAUGGCGGAAGCAGAGAACGAAGUUGAAGAUCACGCCAAACAAAGUGAAGGUGACGAUUCCAUUCGGGAACAACUAACCAAUACAGUCAAUCAGUUGUCUAAUUUGCUCAGUACGCAGAAUGCCACAGAGGCUGAUAAUCGUAAUGAUCAUUUGCUCUAUCUGGACUUCGAUUUCAAUACUGAGGUACUAACGCAAUACGCCAACGAAAGUGUAAAUGAGACAUUUCUCUACGAUCAGCAGCGUGUAACGCCGUGUGAACAUCGUUUACUUCAGGUACAAUCUGCCCUACACAGUCCACGUCUAUUUAUCACCAAUAUCACCACGAGUUUUCUGACUGCACACUCCGGCACGAUAUUCGUAAAAGCGCAGAACUAUUGCGCCGAUCGUUAUAAGAAACUAAAGAGCAAAAUUACUGUGAACGGUAGCAAAAUUGCAAAAGUAUUUGGCAUGAAAAAAUAUGUUGAAAGUAUCGAAUUAUUUGCGGGUAACAAGAAUCAUACCUUCCUCUUGCUGCACGCCAUCGAUGAGGCACGUAAUCGCAACGAAGUGCGCAUGCUGCGGAUAGAUGAUGAGCUUGACGAAAUCAGAGAUGUGCAAACAAUACCUUUUGGUAUAGGCAAGUCAAUACGUCUUUUCGAAUUCGGCAAUCUUACGGUACUACUCAGCGCAGCUUUGGUGGGUAACCAACAAGCAGUUAGCGUAUAUCAUUUUAUGCCAUCAAUGGAGCACUUCAAACUCGCGCAACUGAUCGAUGGCGCUUUUGAUGUCAUGCAGAUGGUUGCUGUGCAGUCGCAUCAAUAUCAAUUGCUUUUAAGUUGCCAUACUUGCCAUCAAGUCAAUGUUUAUGAUUUGACUCGCGAGCCAAUUAAUCCCUAUAAACUCUUCCAAAUCAUUAAGUUGCCAAUACGUAUCGAUAAGUUGCACACAUUCACCAUGAGUGAUGGUGAAUGGUUUUUACUGGUUUUAGGAGAGCAGCAACAGGAUUUCUACUAUUUAUACAAAUAUGCCUACAUUCAGGGUUGGUUGCACAGCACUUUUGGUUAUUUCCCCAAUAUACAACUGGCCGUGCCAUUGAGUGGAAAGCUGUUAAAAUCGCAUGAUAAUGAUUUGUUGCUGUUGUUGUGUAGUAGUGGCAAAAUGAAUAGAUGCAGUGUGGUGAGGGCGUUUAUGCAGAAAUAGAUAGUGUAUUUUUUCGUUGUAUUCAAAUUUUGUAAGCGUUUUUUAGUGUUUUUUAACUUAUAUAAUCAUCAGUAAUGGGUAGGUAAUUCAAGGGAAUAUUUAUAGUAGUGUAAAUGUGUAUAUUUAUGUAUAUUAUUAGUAGUAUUUAUGAAAGAUGAAGUUUGUUAAUCUAACUGUAAAGGAUGAUCGAAUCAAUUUAAACACAUUUAAUCAAUGCCACAAAGGCUGUUAUGUUACAUACUUACAUACAUAAAUGAUGUUUUUGUAUUCUUUCUCAAAUAUAAAACUAAAUCAUUGCUUUAAAAAAUUGUUUAAGUUAAAAAUAGCAAAAACUCGGAUCACUUUGCCUUGCCGCUAAAGCGAAGGUAUUCUGUGUAUUGAGUGGUUAAAAAGCUUGCAAUAAUCCAUGAAAACCAAAAAUAAAUAUCGCAUGAUGCUUGAUCUAGAAA